UAAUUCAAGUUAAUCGGGAGCUAGAAAUAGGCAUCGAUGAUUUUGCAUAAUUUGCAAACUCGAAAUAUGAAAUUGCUUUUUCUGCUAUUUCUAACACCAGCGUUGGCAAGAGUGUUGAACGAGAGUUCGCAAUCACGCAUCAUUGGUGGCAAAAAUGCUCGCGAUGGACAAUUUCCGUAUAUGGCUUCAAUAAUAGCUAUCACAAACGGUUAUGAUAUCCCUUUUUGUGGUGGUUCUAUAAUUUCGGAAGUUAGCAUAUUGACGUCUGGAAUCUGUGGUCUCAUUUGCGAAAAACCAGGAUACAAUUGUGAGGUUUGGGUCGGAAGUGUAAAUCAAUUUCAAGGGCAAAAAUUGAAAAUAUCAAAAAUUAUAACACACGAAACAAUGGAUCCUUCUGCUAGUACAACACAAGUGAUUGAUUUGAGCAUUUUUCGUGUGAGCUCGAAAAUUUCAAUAUCCAAAACGGUUAAAGUAGCCAAAUUGCCCAAACAAGACCUCCAAGACCAUGAGAGUACCACAAUUCUUGGAUGGGGUAGCGGUGCUAUUCCGUAUCCGUAUAACGUUUUACAACACGGAGCAACUGGUGCCAAACAAUACAAUCCAGAUGAAGCCGUUGGAAAAUAUGCUGAAACAGAAUCAGACACCGUUAUGGCAUGCUUUUUUGAUUCCGGUGGUCCCCUCAUAUCUAACGACCUAGAUGAAUUGAUAGGAGUGGUUUCCUUUUUUGUUCUACAGGUUGAUCCUUAA